AUGAGCUUCAACCGCAAUAUCCCUCUUGCUAUCGCCGCUGGUGUCGGCGUCAUGUCUGGCUUCUACAUCUGGGAGCCCAUGUUCAAGAAGUAUCAGAGAGAGAGUAAGGGAACUUGGCAGUACGAAGUUGUGCAGCAGACAAGGGCGGAGGAGAUGAACCGCCAUGCUGACGCUGCAGUCGCCAACGCCAAUGCUGCUGCUGCUGCCAGCACCUCUAUAUCUACACCUGGAUCGACAUCUCCAGUAGUGCCACCUGUACCUGCUCAGGCCGCACCGGCGCCUGUUGAUGCCACUGCCUCGGUUGCUCCUUCUUCGGCAGAGACCAAGUCUGCAUAG